AUUGCUGGAUUAUCUUUUGUUUGUGUUUUCAAUUCUCACCUUUUGAGGGACGUCUUUGACCAUAUCAUACAUGUCUUCCAUCAUGGACCUGGUGUAGGUUUCAGUGAAAAGUGGAGGAGCGUAGGCUACCUGUCAGAAACAAUGGAGUGUCAGCUGUAAAUUACAACCAGUCAGGAAAAACAACUCCGAAUCUGCAGCCAUGCCAGCAGCUCCAUGAGACUGAUGUUAACUAUAAACAGGAACGCUACCUGGCUAUUCUUAGAUCCUGACCACUAGUGGGGUAAGCAGUGCAAAGCUUGUGGCCUGAGGGUAGUACCCCUAGAGACCUUUUAAGCUUAUUGUAUGGCAGUUAUUUUUGGCCUGAAGAUGGCACUAAAUCAUUCUUUGAUUUUUUUUUUUUUCAACAAGUCCUCCAACCUGAACAACCACAGGGGUCAUUUGUCCCUACUGUAAUAAUAAAGACGUGGUUAAGCUUAUUGAAUGGUCAUAGUUUGGCUUAGAAACAAAAAACAUUGUGGUUAGGUUUAGGAAAAGAUCAUGGUUUGAGUUAAAAUAAGUUCUUCCUUAAAGUUAGAGUUACCUUUGAAUCAGAAUCAGAAAACCUUUUUGCCAGGUAUGUUACACAUACAAGGAAUUUGACGUGGUGUUGUAGGUGCAAAACACAAGUACAAGAGCUGUGAUUCAUAAUCAGACAGUGAACAUCUUAUACCUUCCAUCCAGGAGACAAAGUCACAUCCGAAAACUUCUCCUGAAUCAACUGCAGGAAUCUGGAAAAGGAGGGAGGAAGGAAAUAACUGGUGGGAAAUGUACUGUGUGUUGUGUCGAGGCGGAGACGUAAUGAAGCUAUCAAACAAAGGCCUGUCUUACAUGGUUCCAUUGACUGGAGGCACAAAGCUUGGUACAUUGGGACCUUGGAGGAUGUCUGCAUUAAGCCACACAGGCCUGUUCAUUUUUCGGCUGCUGUUCUUUUGAUUAAGCAGGUCUAAUGACAAACCCACUGAUCUCAGAGACUUAAAAUCCAGCUUCAUGCCUGCAGAAAGACAUCAAGUGUCAGAACUUUGCUUUUUCUGAUUUGGAUGGAUCUACUACAGAUUAUUUAAUUCUUAUUAUUUUUAAUUCUCAUCUGGGAAUCUGAAGACAAACCCAAUGAGUGGUUCUACUCUGCUGCACUCUGUGUGUUCUGUCUAAAUCCUGAACCUUUUCUUGAUGCCAGCACUGCAUCCAGCCAUUGGUCCAGAGUGUUGUCGCUGUAGAUGUCUGGAGGGUGGGCCAUGAUGGGGACUGGCUUUUCAUUGGCUGUUCCAUAACCCUCCAGAGUGACAUCAGCCUCCAGGAUCAUGACAUCACCUGAGGCGAUGAGAUAAGAUGGUAGCCAACAGACCGUCAGGUUUGCUGAUCUCACCGGACUGAACCAGGAAGUCCAGCAUGUCUCCACCAGUGGAAAAGGAGGGAAGAGGAGCUGAGGAACCUGAUUGGACACACACAUGCAAUGCACUUGAAGAGAAAUCAUCCGGUGUAUGUAUGUGCUGUAAAUGCAAUAUAUACACUAGAUCUACACUAUGGCAGCAUCAAGAAUGCAUCCUUCUAUGGAAAGCAGGGGUUAGGCAGACAUUUUGCCUUGGACAGAGAUGGACAGUGACAGGAGACUGAGGGGAGAAGGAGAAGAGGGAUGACAUAUAACAAAGAUCUGAGGCUGGGCAUUAAAGUGGGGACACUGCCAUCACCGUAUAACUACUACACCACCAUGAUGGCCCUUGAACAGGGAAUCUUAAGAACUAUAAAACCUGCUGACAAUCAGUUGAUCAUACUGAAACACCAGGGCUAACUGUGCAGAGUAACCAUGUGGAAAACCAUCAUCAUAAACAUUAUACUGGUCUUGGAUCAGGUUACAUAAAGGCAAUAUAAAUGUUACUUUGAUAAAAGAUGUGCCAUAAAGUUAGUUUUAUCUUAAGUGAUCUCUUUCUCUCUCCUUUAAAUUUCUUUCUUUUUUUUAAAUUUUAACUGUAACAAGUCAGAGCUUAUUCUUUAUUUACUUUUCGAAAAACUCUCCUUCUUUGAUAAAAGAUAGAGGCCAUACAUUUUAUUUCAAAUAUUAAUUUAUCUCUCUCUUUUAUUUUUAUUUUAUUAUUUUUAUAUAUUUAUUUAUUUUACUGUAACAAGUCAAAGCUUGUUUUUCUUUAUUUACUGCUCGAAAAACUCAGCAGUAUCACACUGCCUGAGGCUACACAGGCAGAGCGAGGAGUCACGUUGCCAUGGCAACCCGGAAGUCAACAAACAGUGUAGUAAUGUCCACCACUGUGGCAAAAGAAGAAGAAAGAAAGAAGAGACGCACUCUAGUGCUGAGGCCCUCUUCUCGAGCCUUAAAUGCCUCAGGAAUACAUGGAGUCAACUACAGCACGAGACACACGAGCAGCGUCGUCGCCUCCUCCAGCAGGAGAAGUUUCAGUCUGGGCGGCGGAAGCAAACUUCUGGAAAAGAGCGCCAUUCAGACUCCGAGACAAGCUGUCCGGGUGUUUGAUGAGGAAGACAAUGACGUCACUCCUCAGCCGCUGUACCAGGCCGAUCCAGGAGCAGCUCAGGCCAAAGCCAGCAGGUUCUUCGUGGAUGAGAUCUCCGCUGGAUCGGUGUCAGAGCAGACCACAGCCACGGGGAGCUUCACCAUGCCGUUCUUCAGGUCAGUAUUAGGCAGCAGCAGAAUAUCCAGCCAGUCCACAAUAGAGUCCAUAAAUGAGGAGAUUGAGGAUACCUUUUCUAAACGGGACCUACCCAUCAACUUCCCAGAUGUGCAGAGGAAAAGAGACACUGUGAAAGAACAGGUGACAGAGGACAUGUUGAAAGAAGUCAUAAACGUCUACAUCUCUGAGACAGACAGCAUUUCGCUGCUGGACAUACCCAGCACCUUGGUGUCGGUGGAUGCUGACGAUGCAGAAGCUAUCAUAGAGAGAAACAAUAAGUAUGCUGAAGUGUGCAGGAGCAGAAUGGGCAAUGAUAAGUACGUGGAUCGAUCAAUGCAGACGUUGAAUGGAGCCGCUAAAAACAAACAUGUCCAGAGUGACAGCAUGGGCAUGGUGGACACAGCCACGACCGUUACCACCUGGGACAUGUAUGACACUUUGUUCAGCCCUGAGCAGGAUGACUCAGUGCACAGGCCUGAACCAGAAAAGGCUGAGAAUCCAGAGGCUGUGGUGGACACUAACAGAGGUGCAGACAGGAGUGUGUCAGUGGGCAGCACAGCCAGCACAGCCAGUGCUGCUAGCUCACUGAAAGAAGUGGAAGUGUUUGGGAGCGGUUUGAACGCUGAGUCAGACCUGCCGCUCAUCAUGCUCUCAGAGAAGUUCCAACACUGCUCUCUCAUAAUGGAGAAGAGCAUCCUGGGAAACACCUUCCAGCCGAAGCUGGCUGCUUACAGACAGCUGCCUGUGCUAGAUGACCCAGACAGUCUGGUGAAGCCUGGGACCAUGGAUCAGAGAAAGGAGGACGCAGAGGACUCUGGAUCUCCUGCUCUGGAGCGUCUGUGGACUUUCAGCUGUGAGCUCAGCCGAGGACGCAGCGUCAGCAGCAUGGCCUGGAACAAGAAGAACCCGGACCUCCUGGCUGUGGGUUAUGGUGAAUCUGACUCCGGUAACCAGAAACCAGGCCUGGUGUGCUGCUGGUCCAUCAAAAACCCCACAUGGCCCGAGCGUGUCAUCUGCUGCGACAGCGCUGUGACCUCUCUGGACUUCUCAGCCAACAACCCCAGUCAGCUGGCUGUGGGGACGCACGACGGCAGCGUCGCUAUCUACAGCGUGCAGAGUCAGGACCGGUCACAUGUCAUCAGCAGCAGCAAGUGUCCCAGCAAGCACUUGGGUCCAGUGUGGCAGCUCAGGUGGACUCAGCAGGAGCUGAGCCUCACAGGAGAGGAGAAGGUAGAAGCUCUGUUCUCUGUGUCUGCGGACGGAAGGAUCAGCAAGUGGUUCGUCGUCAACAACAGCCUCAACUGCAUAGACCUGAUGAAGCUCAAGAGGAUUCAUAAUACAAAGAAGAAGGCUGGAAGGAACAAUACAGAGAAGAAGACAGAAAGUGUCCUGUCAGCACUGACCCCUGGUCUGUGCUUUGACUUCCAUCCAACAGACUCCAGUCUCUACUUGGCUGGAACAUGGGAAGGUCUCAUCCACAAGUGCUCCUGUUCCAACAGUCAGCAGUUCCUGGAGACCUUCAGCAAACACUUUUGUCCUGUGAACUGCGUGGCGUGGUGUCCACUCAGUCCGGAUGUGUUCCUGAGCUGCUCCUCUGAUUGGACCAUCCAGCUGUGGAAGCAGGACCACCUUAAACCCAUCUUAAGCUUCACCUCCACCCAGAGGGCAGUGCACGACGUCAAGUGGUCCCCAAGGUGGGCCACUGUAUUCGGAGCCGUUAAUGAGGGACAGCUGGAGAUCUGGGACCUGAAUUCAAGCAUUGUGGACCCGGUUGCUGUGCAGCCUGCUGCCCCUGGCGUGGAGAUGAAGUCACUGCUGUUUGCCACACAAACAGACUGUGUCCUGGUUGGAGACAGCGGUGGACAAGUUACAUUCUACCAGCUCAAGAACCUCAGUGUGGGAGGAAGCAGCCAGGUGGAUAUUCUGGACGGCCUGAUCCGCUCUGCAGCUUCCAGAUAGUUCAAAGAAAGCAUUCGGCCAUUACGGUCAAUGCCGUGCUCUUUAUGGUAAACUGGACUUUACUGUUGAAACCAUCAGACUAAGGGGUUUGUAUGUGUGAGGCUUUUUGAACACUUUUCUUUAUGAAGCAUCAUGAAGAAUCUUUAUCAUGAAGCAAUUUGGUGAAAUUAUUAA